AUGUUUUUAAAACGGAUUACAAACUGCCUUUUAUUUUUUACUUUAACGUUUCUCCCAAAUACAGAUGCAGAGAAUGAUUUCAGAGCAAUUGAAGGAGAAACUGUCUAUCUUCCCUGCCACUCACCCCCUAUUGACAGUGUACAAGUUUCUGUAGAGUGGACAAAACAUAGUACAAACAGCACAACUAUUUGUCAAUGGUAUAUUAAUAACAUUACUGGAUCUCACACUGGAGACUGCUUUCCUCGUUUCAAAUUCAACAACAAGUCUUUUACACUAAGUAUAGAAAAAGUUCAGCUCAUUGACUCUGGUCAUUACAGCUGUACAACAUCAAGAUUAAUACCACCACCAACAUUACACAAUACCACAAAUGUGACACUCCAAGUUGAAGUUCGUCCACAUCUGUCUCUGCAGAAACUGAACAGCAGUAAUGUCACCUGUUUCCAUCUGCUCUGCUCUAUGGAGGGUCUGACGACUGAGCUGGUGAACUUCACCUGGAGCCGAGAGGGUCAAAGUUCACUUCAUCCAUUCAAAUCUUAUGCCACGAACAGUGAGCUGCGUCUGUGUAAACCUGACUGGAGUGACGGAGACACAAUCACCUGUUACGCCAGCUACUCAAGCGCACACGUUGUACACAAAAGUAUACAACUCACUUCACAGAGAGAUGAACUCGAACAGAACAUUCCAGUUGUUUGCAUGGCCAUUUUCAGCUUCUUCAUCAUCUGCAUUGUUUUCAUCUGGAUAAUGUUCUGCGUGUCCAAACAUAAGACCUCCAGCUGAUGUACAUGUGAUUUGGUUAGAAUCUCUAGUCCACUUUUAAUUUGAUUUGAAUGUGAACUAAAUUUAGUGUCUGUAAAAGACUAGUGUCGUCCUGCAGAGUCUGACCUGCUGCCCUGGACCAUCAGCAUGAGAGCUUUAGAAGAGUAAACACGCUGUAAUAUUUUUUAAAAAUUAUACUUUUUUAUGAUGCUUUGGAUUACGCUUUCUUAGA